AAUUUACAUAUUGAAACAAACCAAUACAUAUUCCAAGGUAUUUCUAACUAUGUAGGUAAUUUGCAUUGAAUUAUAGCAGGAAAUGCGACGGCUUUGAACAAUUAUGCAACUUCAUCCAACGUAAUGGGUUCCAUGGAAACAACUAUCGCACAGAGACGAAGGAUAUUCGAGGCAUUGCAGAUGGAACAAGAAGAGCGAGAUCGAGCUUUUGCGCUGACCUUGCAAGAAGAGGAUCGGUUGUCUGGAAACGCGGGUCGUUGCGGAAAACUAUUCAACAGGUUAUUUCCAUAGAAAUAUGGGAAAAAAUGCGACGACCCAGAGCAAUGAGGCUUCUUCAUCAAACGUAGUGGUUUCCAUGUCAAUAAAUAUCGCACAGAGACGUGGGAUGUUCGAGGCGCAGCAAAUAAAUCAACCGGCAUGGCAGCAUAGAGAUGAAAUGUCAGUGACCGGUCAACAGAACAGGCGAUCCUUGUCGGACGCGUUUAUUCAAGCGAGAAGGAUUGUUGAAAAGGCUAUGCAAGCAAACCCUCUGAUGAUGCAUGUAGGAACUGUCGCCAGAGGUAAGCAGAUCCGGACUCGAUCUUCGGCAAACGUUGACAAUUGCAGCAUCUGUAUUGAGAGUAUGGAUACAUGCAAUGAAUCAAAUUCUAUUAAAUGUCUACCGUGUUUUCAUAAGUUCCAUACAGGAUGCAUCGACACAUGGCUGAACGUUCAGGAAAACCGAAGUUGUCCAGUAUGCCGUCUACGUAUAGAGAACUAGCCCGUGGUCGCAAUUUCUCCGGAUACACAAUACCAAACAAAUAUACAUUUGUUCAGCAGGGUUGUAAAUAAUAAUAAUGCGUUAUACAAACAUACCUUUCAGUUGUGUAUACAAGUAUUGACCUAAUUUUCCCAAAUUACGUUCGUAAAGACCGUAGGUGCUCACACACUUGAAAAAUGAAUUGUGUUAACUAACUUAAUGUUGCAGUUUUACUAAAUCAUAUGUAAUAAGAUAUUAUUUCCUAGUGUGCAAUACAUGUACGCAUCGUGUUAUAUAAAUAAAUUCGUUCGUAAAUGUGCUACCUGAAUCAUGCAUCAUUAUUUGAUUUUUAUCCCAUACUUGCUACAAUACAAUAGUGUUGGCGUGUAAAUUAAAUUGCUCUCUGUUACUUGUACAA